AUGAAAAUUUUGUUCCAAACAAAUUAUAAAAGCUAUAAAUCAUUCAAAGUUUGUGAUGGUAAUGGCCCAAAUGAACCUUUUGAUUUGGCUAACAGUCAAAUAGUUUCAACCGAGCUCGGAGUUGACCAGGUAAUCAAGGGAAAAAACCCUAUUGAUCAAUUGGUAAUGCUUUUUGAACUAUCAAAAACAGAGAUUGAGCCUAAUAAAUAUGUCUAUGGCAAACCCAUCGCUAUUGCCAAUCGCUAUUUAGGUCGUACAACCACCUCUGCACCAAAAUCAUUAUUGGUUAAAAGUUGGAAAGGAUCUGCUUUAAAGGAGACUGGUGGCAUAGUUAUAACUGUGUUGGUGAUAUCAACAUGGCAAGUGAAAUUGAGAACCAUUGACCUUCCAAAUGCUGGAACCUAUAAUAUUUUCCAAACAAUUAUGGUGUAUGGAUAUCGUGCCGAAGAUGAAAACAAAUGGGAUUAUGAUUUUGAUUGUGUUUACAGAGAUGAUGUAUUCGCAGUCCCAGCAGAUCAAGUUGUAUAUGAAACGGUUGGUGAUAGUCAAAUAGAUGGUCAGAAGAAUAAUAAUGAAUAA